AUGACCAGCAAUCUUUCCCAACCUGCAGCUGUGCAGCUCUGCUAUGAGAAUGUGAAUGGGUCUUGUAUUAAAACUCCCUACUCACCCGGCUCUCGGGUGAUUCUGUACACACUGUUUGGCUUUGGGUCUUUAGUGGCUGUGUUCGGAAACCUCUUGGUGAUGACAUCAGUUCUUCACUUCAAGCAGCUGCAUUCUCCAACCAAUUUUCUCAUCGCCUCUCUGGCCUGUGCUGACUUUCUGGUGGGAGUGACUGUGAUGCCUUUCAGCCUGGUCAGGUCCGUAGAGAGCUGCUGGUAUUUUGGAGCCAGAUUCUGUGCCCUUCACAGUUGCUGUGAUGUGGCAUUUUGUUACUCUUCUGUCUUCCACUUGUGCUUCAUCUCCAUCGACAGGUACAUUGCUGUGACGGACCCUCUGGUCUAUCCCACCAAGUUCACGGUGUCUGUGUCAGGCAUAUGCAUCGGCCUCUCCUGGGUCCUGCCCAUUGCUUACAGCGGUGCUGUGUUCUACACAGGUGUCAGUGAUGAUGGGAUGGAGGAAUUAGUAAGUGCUCUCAGCUGUAUAGGUGGUUGUCAAAUUGUUGUAAAUCAGCAAUGGGUUUUGAUAGAUUUUCUGUUAUUCUUCAUACCUACUCUUGUUAUGAUCAUUCUUUACAGUAAGAUUUUUCUCAUAGCUAAACAACAAGCUGUAAAAAUUGAAAAUACUGGUAGCAAAGCAGAAUCAUCCUCAGAAAGUUACAAAGCCAGAGUGGCCAGGAGAGAGAGAAAAGCAGCCAAAAUCCUGGGGGUCACCGUGGUAGCAUUUAUGAUUGCAUGGUUACCAUACACCAUGGAUACAUUAAUUGAUGCUUAUAUGGGCUUCACAACCCCUGCCUAUAUUUAUGAGAUUUGCUGUUGGGGUGCUUAUUAUAACUCAGCCAUGAACCCUUUGAUUUAUGCUUUAUUUUAUCCAUGGUUUAGGAAAGCCAUAAAAGUUAUUUUAAGGGGGGGACUUUUUAAGGAUACUUCAUCAACCAUUAGUUUAUUUUCAGAAUGA